AAGCGCAGAGCAGGUAGAUGGGGUUUGAAAACAAGGAAGAUCCAUGUUAGGAGAUUGUAAACAGGCAACGCCUCACUUCUUUCUCUUCUAAAGCCUUGUUUUAGGCAAUAGUUGCGGUCCUACAUCAGAUCAGGUGUUACAUUUUACCUUACUCUGACACUGGCAUGAUCUGGAUGAUGGCUACAGUGUCGUUAAUGCUUCUGUAGCCCAGCUGCUGCUUCUGUCUCAUUGAAACACCGAAAACAAAACUGUUAGCAGACUGCGGAGCAGCAGGAAAAUAAGAUGCCUGCUCGUAACGUUGUGUCCAACGGGAUGCCAAACAGCAAAGUUAGGUACUCCAGGCUAGCCACUGAUGAUGACGGCUACAUUGACUUACAGUUCAAAAAGAGCCCACCCAAAGUCCCAUACAAAGCCAUAGCACUAGCCACAGUCCUCUUCCUAAUCGGCUCUCUGUUAAUCAUCAUUGGCGCCCUUCUCCUGGCUGGAUACUUUGGAGUCACUCACACAGACCGAACCGUGCCUGUCCUUAUCAUUGGGAUCCUCGUCUUCCUGCCUGGAAUUUACCACUUACGGAUAGCUUAUUAUGCGUCCAAGGGCUACCCAGGAUACUCCUAUGAUGAUAUUCCAGACUUUGAUGACUGACCCAUACUGUAGCUUCAGCCAGAGUCCUGCUGUGCUCAUAUGCGCUCAUAUACACAAUUGCUUGUGUUCAACUUCAGGCAGUGAUACCUUUAAAGAAAAUUAGAAGACAAUAGUAAAUGACAAUGAUAUUCUGACAGAUUUUAAUGCCUAGGUAGUAAAUGCCAGUCUGCUGUUGUGAAGCCAUGUCAGUAUCAGAUAUUGCUUGAUUUGUAUAUUUGUUUUGUUAACCUGAUUAAUUAAUAAAACUAUGAUUUGAUGA